AUGGUGGUCUGUUGGCUGUGCCAUGAAUGUUGUCACUUUAAAUGCAGUGGACUUUCAGGGCUAGUAUCAGAAGCUGUUUCUAAAAAUAAAGGUUUACAUUGGUGCUGUGAAAGUUGUAGAAAAUUUGGUGUAAACUAUUAUCGAUUUUUCCAAGAGACUAAAAAGAAAUUCGCCGAAAUUCAAGAUGAAGCCGUUAAAUUAAAUGAACGCAUUUCCGCAUACGGAAAAUUGUUCGAUGAUUUUAAAUCUCUAGAUAAUUUAAAAUCUACUCCGCAAUCUUCUCCCAAACGACGUAAAUCGGCAAGAAACUUAACCAAGGAAAAACGUGAUGAUCAACCAACUGUGUCUGCACCUCCGUGUAACACUGCAUCUGAUCCAAACGUUCCAUUAACUAAUAUUUCUGUUUCUGUACCUUCGUGUAACACUGCAUCUGAUCUAACUGUUCCUAUAUCCAAUAUUACUGAAUUAAGUAGUAAUAACUCACAUCUUAGUUAUGCUGACGCAGUUUUACGUUCUGCCAAUGUAACUACUAAUGUGACUAAUCCGAUUGUUGAUAAUCCUCUGCAAUUGAUAAAUACUGAAAUUAUUCCUCUCCGAGCAAUUCCUCCAAAAAAGACAAUAUUCAUUUCUCGUCUAGCAAGCGAUACUACUUCCGAUUCAGUUGAUUUCUACAUAAAAAAUAAACUUGGUAAUGAUGCUGACAUAUCAAUACAAAAAUUUAAUUUUUCUCAACCGAGAUCAAUAUCAUCUUUUAAGAUUACAGUUUCUAUGAAUCACUUCGAAAGAUUGCUUGAUCCGAAUUUCUGGCCAAUAAAUACUCUGGUCCGGGAAUAUAUUUACAGGUCCAGACCUCAAACCAUUGCUGCUCUUCCACAGCGUGAAUCUUUUAUUCCAAAAAACUAA